AUGGCCAACCAUAAAAAAAUCAAUAAAAGGAAAGGCAUUACAAACAGUGACCCUGGUAAAAUUUUGGAUUUAGUUAUGAAUCUAAGAGAUAAUAGUUGUUCCCAAUUACAAGUCAAAAUUAAUAUAUAUUUGCGAGAAGAGUGUGAUGCCGAGACUAUCUUCCUUAUUAUUGUUCAUGGCGUUGGCUCUGAAGCUUCAAUAGAAGCCAUUGGGUCCAUUCCUCUGUCACGGAAACAUAAAAUAUGUAUGACCCAAAAAUUGUCAGACAUUUUAAAAUCAACUGUGGAACAAACGGAAUUAUUGUCUAAUUUUGAAGCAGAUUUACAAGCAAUUGUAUCUCCAGUGGCAUCAUUAGACACGUUGUUGCAAAUAGCAAUGGAGCAAGCGAAGCAGCUGACCAAAGCAGAGUAUUGUUCGGUCUUCUUGAUCGAUGUAGAUAGUAUGGAGCUGGUCAAGAAAUGUCACCGUCCUGCCAACGCGCAAGAUGGGGAUGAGAAUGAAGUACAGGAGCGUAGGUAUCCAUUGAACACUGGUAUAACAGGGCAGGCCAUCAAGACUGGUACUGUGAUCAACUGUAAGAAUGCCAAACAGCAUUCUGAGUACAAUUCUGAUAUUGACUGCUUACCAGAAGUGGAUUGCAAGUCAAUACUAUGUUUUCCAAUUCGCGAACAAACCGGGAUAAUAGGUGUUGGUCAAUUGAUAAAUAAAAUUGGCGAUCCCUACUUCGAUGCGAUGGACGAGGAGAUGGCGUUAGCUUUCAGCAUUUACUGCGGUGUCUGUAUUAUGCACUCGGUCGUGUACCAGAAGAUUAAGGAGGCUCAUAUAAGGAACGCUUUGGCUAAUGAGCUGGUUAUGUACCAUAUGAAGGUAGGUGAUUCAGAAGUGGCCCGAGUGCUAGAGUGCACAGGCUUUCACAACCACCCACAUAUCACCAGCUUGCACUUCAACGUGCGCGCGCUGCCUCUGAGGGAGCUGCCUUGUUACGUGUUCAAGAUGUUUUCUGAUUUGGGCUUUGUUAAAAAGUUCAACAUAAAGAAACAAAAUCUAGUCAGAUUUAUCCUACACGUCAAAAAGGGGUAUCGUGACGUCCCCUACCACAGCUGGCUGCACGCGUUCAAUGUGGCGCAGUGGGCCUUCGCUGCUAUUACUAAUUAUAAACUGAUAGCCCAAGGAUAUUAUACUGAUCUACAAGCUCUUAUGUACCUUAUAGCUGCCUUGGUACACGAUAUGGAUCAUCGCGGCACCACUAAUAGCUUUCAGAUUCAAGGCCAAACAACGCUCGCCGCGCUGUACUCGAGCGAGGGCAGCGUGAUGGAGCGCCACCACCUGGCGCAGGCCGCGUGCGUGCUCGGCGCGGAGGGCUGCGGCGUGCUGGACGCGCUGCCGCGCCGCCAGUACGACCGCGCCCUCGUGCUGCUGCGAGACUAUAUACUGGCUACGGAUCUCGCUAAUUAUUUUAAGAAUCUUAACGAAUACAAGGCGAUAUCGUACGACUUCCAAAAGGGCAACCGCGCGCACACCAGCGCCCUGCAGUGCCUCAUGAUGAACGCGGCCGACCUCAGCGAUCAGCUGAAAGAUUGGGGCAGUGUGAAGAAAACUGCUGCGGCAGUCCUAACGGAGUUCUUCAAGCAAGGCGACGUGGAGAAGAGUCGCGGCGACCUCCCCGUCAGCAUCAUGGACCGCGAGAAGUGCUUCAUCCCGGACCUUGAGAUACAGUUCCUCAAUACGACCUGUAUGCCGCUGUUCGAAAUAAUAUCGAGAAUUCUACCAAAAGCACAGCCGUGUCUUAAAAUAAUAGAAAAUCAUACGGAGAGGUGGGACGCUGCCAAAUCAGUGUUUGCGGAGGUACCCAUUACAGCCGGUCUAUCUGUGCUUUUGAGUCCAGAGCUAGAUAAUUUAAUUGAACAAAAUAUCAGAGAGAAAGAAAGACUUAAACUGGAAGGAGAAGCUGAGGGAGAG